AGAAGAAGAAGAAGAGCAGAAUUCGAACCCCACGUGUUUUAUCACAUAGCCAAUCAUAGUGCAGAAACCCCGAGUACACUGACUGCAAACACGGAAAUGCAAUGAGAGAAGGAGGGCGUCAGCAUCGUUCUAGUCCAUCUGUAAUUUCAUGCAAUCUAAGCGUUCGUGAUUAAAAGCAGACAUUGCACGUAAAACCGAGUGGUGUAUCAGUUUUCCUCCCGCUCUAUGGAUUUGUUGCCGCUUCUGUCAUGGGCCUGCAUCGUGUUCACAGUCGGGAUGUUCUCGACUGGACUGACCGACCUGAAGAAGAUGCGAGAAUCCAAAAGUGCUGACAAUAUCCAGUUUCUCCCUUUCCUCACCACAUGUCUUAAUAACCUGGGUUGGUUGUAUUAUGGCAUUCUGAAGAGGGAACAGACGAUUGUCGUGGUCAACAUUAUUGGUGCUCUCCUCCAGUUCCUUUACAUCAUCAUGUACUUCAACUACACAAAACAAAAGAGGCUGGUGAUGUCAGAGACUCUUGCAGCAGGGACGGUGCUGACCUGUGGUUGGUUCUACUUCACCACGUUUCUCCCUGAGGGAGACAGUCGGCUCAACCAGCUCGGCUUCACCUGCAGCGUGGUCACCGUCAGCAUGUACCUGUCCCCACUCACCGACCUGGUAGAAAUAGUGCGUAGUGGUAAUGUGCAGUGCUUGUCCUUCCCUCUGAGUGUAGCCACCUUCUUCACUUCAACCUCCUGGGUCCUCUAUGGCCUACAGCUAAAUGAUUACUAUAUUGUGGUUCCAAACACGCCUGGAAUCUUCACCAGCCUCAUCAGGUUUUAUCUGUUUUGGAGAUUUGCGUCUGUCAAUCAAAGCUCGCCUACCUAUAAGUCUAUGCAGAUAAUAUGAGGGCGAUGGUUAAGAAAAUAGAAAGAGAUGACAGACUUGUUGGCUGCAGCAAAGCUCUCCCAUCACUCGUCUUGUCCUUUUAAUCAAGUGAGAUAGUCACAUGACGAGAAACUGUCAUUGGCUGACACCACUUAUAAAAUGGAGAUAAUGUCUUGUGUUUGAUGACUUGUUCUUUUCAGGGAGGUAUACAGAAUUAGGCAGUUCGGUGGAAAAAUUAUGAUGUUCUCAAUUCCGCUGUUGUUCCUUUUUCUGCAGCUAUUUGUUAAACCUGUGACCUGUGUCUCCUCAUCUUUCAAGUGCCUUCUUUUAGGUCAUGUUUGCCAUUAAAGAUCAAUGGCAUUUACUGAUCUACCAACAAACUUGCUGUCUGUUCACAGUGAAUUGGACGGAAUCCUCCUCACUUCAUACGAGCCAAAGAUUUUGUGGAAUUGUAACUUGUUGGCUGCUAUUUUAAUAUUACAUACAGUUUCUCUGGUCCCUGGUACAUGUGUAGUAUGGAACGCUGUACUAUAUCACCCCCCCCCCCUCCAGCCUGGUGAGGUGAUGAUGAUUUCAUGCUGUAUCUCUUCAGAGUUGGUACUUAUGCUUCUGUAUCACCACGUAGACAAAAUAUUGAGUCUAAUAAGUGGCAGUAAGUUAUAUAUGUUCAGAAAUGUUUUCUAUAUAUUUUGUGUCUGAAUCUUUUUGAUACAGGAUGUGUAUGUUGGGCUUAUAUCCAAGAUCAAAUUUGUUUAUGAAAAUCAAUGAUACUUAUUUUUCUGGUGGCUGGUUGUCAUGGGUAAUAAAAUUGUGCUUGUGUUCUCAUUAUUAAGGACAUAUGUUAUGCAAAUGAAACAGCUGAGUGGCAUUGUUAAUUCACUCACUUCUGAAGGCUGUAAGAUCUUUAAA